CUCCUGUCAGUUGAACACAUUUGAACCGCAUCCUACCAAUCGCGUACAACUUAGUUAAGUCGAUUGAAAAUGGCGUCGCGUAAAGUCCAGUCGGUUGGGACGGAGGACAGCGUCGUGAUAACCGGAGUAGCUGGAAGGUUCCCGCGGGCGGAUAACGUUCGUGAGUUCGCCCACAGUUUAUACGCGAAGCUAGAUCUUGUGGACGAUCUGGAGACUCGCUGGCAGCACACAAUGCAGGACGUUCCGUCUCGUACUGGGAAGAUCAAUAAUUUGGAGAAAUUUGAUGCUGAUUUUUUCGGGAUAAGUCGGUAUGAGCGGGAUACAAUGGAUCCACAGGUGCGUAUGACAUUGGAGCACGUAUACGAAGCUGUGCUGGAUGCUGGAGUGAACCCGUUGAGUAUCCGGGGUUCGCGGACCGGAGUAUUCAGCGGAGUAUGUUUUUCGGAGACUGAAGUCUGCAUGUACUAUAGAGCAUGUCCACCGAGAGGACUUGGGUUGUUGGGAUGUUCUAAAUCGCAAAUUCCGAAUCGUGUAUCUUAUCUACUGGACUUGAGAGGGCCUAGUUAUGUGCUGGAUACGGCUUGUAGUAGCUCAAUGUACGCCUUGGACGUGGCGUAUCGAAGCAUGAUGAAUGGCGAGUGCGAUGCUGCAAUAGUUACGGGAGCGAAUCUCACGCUCCAUCCUUUCAUCACAUAUCAGUUUGCAAUGCUGGGAGUGCUGGCGAAGAAUGGAGUUUGUCGACCGUUUGACAAGGAUGCCACGGGGUAUACCCGUUCUGAAGCAGUGUGUGCUGUAUUUUUGCAGAAAGCUAAAGAAGCGAAACGUAUUUAUAGUUACAUCAUCCAUUCCAAAACGAACUGUGACGGGUUCAAAUCAGAAGGAAUUACUUAUCCUUCAGGAUAUAUUCAGCAACAGUUACUAACCGAAUUUUACGAAGAAGUGGGAAUAAGUCCAUCGAAAAUUGAUUACGUUGAAGCGCACAGCACCGGUACAAUUGUGGGAGAUCCGGAAGAAUGCGACGCAAUAGAUAAAGCAUAUUGUACUGACCGGACUGGCCCCUUAUUGGUUGGCUCUGUAAAAUCCAGCAUAGGACAUACGGAAGCCUCAGCAGGAGUAUGCUCGAUAACAAAGUGCAUCAUUGCAAUGGAAAAUGGUAUGAUCCCCCCAAACAUUAACUUCACAGAGUGCCGACCAACUAUUCCAUCUUUGGUUGAGGGAAGAUUAAAAGUUGUGUCGGACGCCAUACCUCUUCCUGGACCGUUGGUUGGCAUCAAUUCUUUCGGAUUUGGUGGCGCUAAUGCUCAUGCUCUGCUUUGUCGUAAUCUGAAAGAAAAAGUUAACGGUGGUAUGCCAGAAGAUGAUCUUCCUAGGUUGGUCAUUUGGUCCGGAAGAACUCGUGAAUCAAUUGAUUGUAUGUUACAAGACAUUGCUCAACGACCGCUGGAUGUUGAAUUUACUGCUUUGUUGUACAAUAUCCAAAAACAAGCUACCACUGGCCAUCGUUAUCGAGGUUUUGGGAUCUUCAAGAAAAAUGGAGAUGGACCAGCUAUAUUGCAAGCAUCAUUUGUUGAUCGUGUUCGUCUCGAGAAACUCCCGGUGGUUGCCAUUUUCGGAGGAUUAAACAGAAACUGGAGACAGGAAUUAGAUGUGCUACGUCGGUUCUCCAAAGUGGAAGCUACAUUUGUAAAAUGCAAAGAGAUCCUACGAUCAGUGAAAUUUGAUGUUUCCAAAAAAUCAUCAGGAAAAGAAAGCAUAUUGUACAAUAUGGUAGGUUCAACUAUACUUCAAUUGUCCAUCGUGGAUUUGCUUUGCUCAAUUGGCGUAAAGUUCGACUUUUAUGGAGGACAUUCUAUCGGACAGUUCACUUGUGCCUACAUCGAUCGCAGCUUGAGCCUCGAACAAGCGCUUCGGUUGGCAUUUUGGCAUGGAUUAGUAUAUUCGGAUGGCCAAGCAGUGUGUGAUCGUACUGCGUUUGUUCGAAUGAACUCCAAACUAAACCAACAAAGGUUAGAUGGUUUCUUCAAAGAUCGUGCGUCUACUUUUGGUGUGCUAACCGCAUCCGAAACAGUCAUGGUAGAACAAACACGUCAUUUGAAAUCAGCUGGCUUUGCUAUUGAAGAGCUUUCGUUCUUGGAUUUGCAUUCCGAUUCAUCAAAACACGCACUUUUUGGAAACAAAUUACGUCAGGUUGUCAAUUCGGUAUUGAUCAGAGAAGCUAUGCCAAGCGAUAAGUGGAUUACUUCAAGACUACCCCAGACUUCUUCCAUUUUUCAUUCACCGAAGCUCCACGACGUGACAUCUGUUGUGAAUUUAAUUGAGAAAAUACCUCGCCAUUCAUAUGUAGUUGAAUUCGGCUGCUCACAAACUAUUGAAAAUGUGCUUCGACAGCUGAACCACAAUUCAUUUUGCAUACCGUGCAAUGAACCCUCCGAUGCUAUCAGCGAAUUAUUGUGUCAAGCAGGACAUUUGUACAUAUCAUCGCAAAAUUUGGACAUUGCCAAUCUGUAUCCGGCGGUUCCGUUCCCGGUGUCCCGAGGAACUCCGAUGAUUUCCCCGUUAAUUCGCUGGGAUCACCGGGAGAAUGCAUACGUGGUAAAAUACUCAUGGGAAGAGAGUACAAAAUAUAACAUGAUUCGGUUCAAGAUUUCUCUGGAUAGCCAAGAAUUCAAGCAUAUUGUUGGUCAUUGCAUCGAUGGGCGCAUUUUGUUCCCAGCUACUGGGUAUUUGCAGCUGGUUUGGGAGUUACUGGCCUAUAUCAGAAAUAGAGAUCUCAUUGACUAUCCCGUUGAGUUUGAACACGUUAGGUUCCUAAGAGCUACCAGUUUGAUGAAAGGACAAAAUGUUGAAUUGCUCGUUACCAUACAGGAAAUUUCUGGACAUUUCGAGAUAAUGGAAGGAGAUACAUUGGUUGUAUCUGGAUUCGCAAGAGAGUUAAUAGAUUCGAAUUACUCUGCUGUUGAAGAAGUUUCGUCUUCCGCUGUAGUGCUGUCAACAAGGGAUUUCUACAAAGAACUUCGACUCCGAGGAUAUUACUAUACGGGUUUGUUUAAAUCGGUCCUAGAAGCCAGAUCUGACGGAACAAUGGCAAAAAUUCAAUGGAAAGGAAACUGGAUGGCGUUCCUGGAUUGUCUACUCCAAUCCGGAAUCAUUGCCAUCGAUUCGAGAUCUUUGAUGGUUCCUACGGCCAUAGAAAAAUUGUGCAUCGCUCCCAAGGCACAUUUGGCAUUGAUGGAACAUGAAGGGGAGGAUUGUGAUUUCUACACGAUGAAGAGUUGCCCUAAGACGAAUGUUUUGAUUUGCGGCUGUAUCAUGAUGUCUAAUCCUCGGGCCAGCAGUGUUGGUCGUAGGAAUCCUCCUGGAAUUCCAGUGCUGGAAACGUAUCAGUUCAUACCGUAUCAUGCUGAAGAACAAGUGUCCACAUUAGAAGCUAUCAGAAUGUGUGUCCAACUGGCAUUGGAGAAUGCUCCAACUCUGAUGAUAAAUGUGACUGAAAUCCAUAGUGAGAAUGUUCCGCUCGUGAUACAUUUGUUCGGGGAAGCCAUAGCCGAUCUCCCGUUAGUGAAAGCAAACCUUACAGUCCUUGCUAAAACUGAAUUGGAGUUGGACAACGUCACCGUGAAAUCAGAAAAGUUAUCUAAUCAAACGAACCAAUUGUUCUUGAUUACUGAGAGCAAUUGGUGUGAUCAAAACUUUCUACGGGACGCUGCCAAUAGUCUGGUGGAUUGUGGUUUUAUCAUUGUUCGCGAAAAGCUCACCUUCAAGUUAAACGAACUUGACCUGCCAGAGGAACUCAACAAGGUUGCCUCAUUCCAAGUCGACCGAGAGGAGAUCUUCAUUUGUUUGCAGCGUAAGAGUAAGGGUUUCAUCGACACUCCUACUGCGCUACAAGUAGAUUCUUCCGAUUUCAGUUGGCUGGCCGACCUGAAGCAGGCUGUCAAAUACCGACCUGUUGUACUGUUCUCUCAAAACGACUCAGUCUCAGGAGUAAUUGGAUUGGUAAACUGCAUACGCAAAGAGCCCAAGAUGCAUUCAGUGCGGUGCGUGCUUAUAGAUGAUGAAAAUGCACCAGAAUUCACUUUGGAUGAUCCAUUUUAUAAGAACCAGCUAGAUUUGGGCCUUGCAAUGAAUAUUUUGCGUAAAGGUGUCUGGGGCAGCUAUCGACAUGCAUUGCUCUCCAAGAAGCCGAAGACAGAACGUGUGUCCAAGCAUUGUUACGCAAACAGUCUGACAAAGGGUGAUCUAUCGUCCAUGAUGUGGUUUACGGGGGCAUAUAAUGAGCUGGACGUUGUACCGAAUAAGGUUAAAGUAUCGUACUGCGCCUUAAACUUCCGCGACGUGAUGAUUGCUACAGGCAGAUUAGCAACAGAUGUAAGCUCUUUUAACCGAUUGGAAGAAGAGUGUGAACUUGGAUAUGAAUACGCCGGAGUUACCGAUGAUGGAAGACGAGUAAUUGGUAUUUUAACAUCGGGUGCUUUAUCUACUAUGGUUGACGCCGAUCCGAAUCUCAUGUGGACCAUCCCGGACAGCUGGAGUCUUCAGGAUGCUUGUACUGUGCCAAUUGUGUACAAUACGGUCCUAAUGGCUUUUAAAGAAUGUGCCAAUGUGCGGAAAGGACGGUCGAUUUUGAUUCAUUCUGGAACUGGAGGUGUCGGGCUGGCGGCAAUCAACGUGGCACUAACGUAUGGAAUGGAGGUUUUCACAACUGUAGGAACGGAUGAGAAGGUUAAUUAUCUGUUGGAUGAGUAUCCUGCUUUAAAGCGAGAGAACAUCGGAAAUUCGAGAGAUUUGUCCUUCGAGCAGAUGAUCAAACUGAGGACUAACGGAAGAGGAGUGGACUACGUGUUGAAUUCAUUGGCCGAAGAGAAGCUUCUAGCUUCAGUGAGAUGUCUGGCGAGAGGUGGCCAUUUUCUAGAGAUUGGCAAGUAUGAUAUGGCCAAGGAUUCUAAAAUCUCGUUGGAGCUUUUCAAGAAAGGGAUCACAUUCACAAGCGUUAUGUUGGAUGGAGCAAUCAGGGAGCGCUCUUCAGGUAAGAUGCACUUACAUAAAAUGCUGACGGAAGCAAUCGAAGCUGGAAUUGUGAAACCGCUGAAAACGAAUGUCUUCGAUGCCACUGAGCUGGAGAAGGCGAUGAGAUUCCUGGCUAGUGGAAGGCAUAUGGGCAAAAUAGUGAUCAAACUGCGUGAUAAUGAGAAUGACGCUGAGUCAGUGCCAAUCUGUUAUUUCCCUCAUGUGUUUUGUAAUCCAGAUCAUGUUUUUGUUAUCGUUGGUGGUUUGGGAGGAUUUGGCUUGGAACUGGCUGAUUGGCUUGUUCUGCGAGGUUGCAGAAAGUUGGUUUUCAGCUCCAGUCGAGGAAUUACGAAACCAUACCAGGAUUACAGGAUUAGAACCUGGAAUAGCUAUGGUGCUCAUACGCAUGUCUGUACUGCAGAUGUUACAACACUGGAAGGAUGUCGCACCCUAUUGAAAGAGGCAUCUCAAUUCGGUUCAGUAGCAGCAAUUUACAACUUGGCGGUUCAGCUUAGGGAUGCCAUAUUGGAGAAUCAGUCCGAGGAGAUGUUUAUCAAAUGCUUGGCACCAAAGGCAAAGGCUACAGAAUACCUUGAUGUCAUCAGUCGUCAAUUUUGUCCUGAUUUGAAACAUUUCAUUGUGUUCUCCAGCGUUUCUUGCGGUCGUGGAAAUGCAGGUCAAAGCAACUAUGGUAUGGCAAACUCUGUGAUGGAGCGGAUUGUAGAACGUAGAGUUGCAAAUGGCCUUCCUGGUAAGGCCAUUCAAUGGGGCGCCAUAGGGGAGGUUGGGCUGGUAGCCGACAUGGCAGAAGAUAAGAUAGAUUUGGAAAUUGGAGGCACAUUACAACAACGCAUUUCAUCGUGCCUUCAGGAGUUGGACUAUUUGUUGACAUGCGAAGAACCUAUUGUUGCCAGCAUGGUGGUUGCAGAAAAAAGAACAGGAAGUGGAUCAAAAAACGUAAUCGAAGCAGUAAUGAAUAUAAUGAGCAUCAGAGAUUUGAAGUCUAUUUCAAUGGAAAGUACUUUAGCGGAUAUUGGAAUGGAUUCGUUGAUGGCAGUAGAAAUCAAACAGAUCUUGGAGAGAGACUUUGACAUGGUUCUGUCUCCUCAAGAUCUGAGAACGCUAUCAUUUGCGAAGUUGAUGAAAAUUGACGAGGAGAAACGAAGAGUUGCAAAGGAACAAAAAGCGGCAGUGGAAAGUGAAGGAUUUACAAUCGGAAUGCAGAUGUUGCUAAGAAACCUUGGCAAUGAGGAAGCCAGUGAAGCAACACUCCUACGGUUGCCAUCUGCUGAAGAGGAUGGUCGUCCUAUUUUGUUCAUUCCUGGCAUAGAAGGUGUGGCAGGAAAUGUGUGGAGGUCGAUAGCUGAACAAAUAAAACAUCCUGUUUACAUGCUCCAGUUAAUGAAAACUCUGGAAUGUGAUAGCGUGGCAAGCAUUAUUGAAUGCAUUGUGGAAGAGCUCUGUGAAACAAUGCUUAAAGGCUAUAAUAAUUUCACAAUAGUAGCGUAUUCAUUCGGCUCAUUGAUUGCGAUCGAAAUAGCCAGAUAUCUUCAAACAAAAGGCAUCCGUGGUGACCUUCUUCUACUCGAUGGUGCACCGAAGUAUCUGAAGUUGUGGUCUCUCAAGCAACUGAACAAUAAUCUCGCGGAUAGGGAAGUCCAGAAUCUUAUUUUGUUUGUUCUUGUAGCUUUGAUUUUUCCAGAUCAAGCUCCCGAGAAAAUUAUGUCUAUUCUAGAAAUUUCAUCGUUCGACGAUCAAAUUGAAAAGCUCAUCGAGCUGGGAGCUGAACAGAGUGAAUACUCACCGGACUACAUAAGAAAAAUGACGAGAGCUCUUUGUCGGAGAAUCAAGAUGGCAGCGCUGUUGAACCUCGAUGAAGAUCAACCAUUGGAUCUUCCGAUUACGCUGGUCCGACCAAUCGAUCCCCCUUUCUCGGAUAUUGAAGACGACUAUGGGCUGUCCAGCUAUACGACGGGUGACAUUACGCUCCGAAUGGUGGAAGGCAAUCACGUAUCGAUGUUGGAUAAUACUGCUCUUGUGGAGAUAAUCAACCAUUUUCUAUGCUAGCUGAAACCAUGUAUAAAUGAACACCAAAUUUGAUUUAGUUUUGGUGCUCGAUUUUUCUGAUAUGUGAUAAGUUUGAUUUCGUUAACGGUUUGUUAUUUAAUUAAUAAGAUAGUUAUUUUGCUUUCUUCAAGUUUGGUUAGGGUUUAUGGGACUCCAAAAUAAAGAUAUAUUACAUAAGGCUGAAAAUGUGAUGCGAAGAGCUAACUAAAAAUUUUGGAAUUAUAAAUAAUAUAAAAAAUGCCUUAUGGCAAAUUGCAAAAGUUUAGCAUUUGGAAAUGUAUUAGAAACUGAUUCUGAUUCUUAUUAUUAUUUGCUUUUAUUUCUUCAGAUCAGAUCAGCUUCACACACGGAACGUAAAUAAACCAUACUUGCAACUUCUAGUUAUUAUUUAAUUAUGUUAAUACUAUAACACGCCUGUUUAACACAAUAAAAAAGGUACUAUUAGAUUUCAGUUGCAGAUGCUGACCCAAAAUAUGUUUGUUUUUGCCUUCAUCGUAAACU